GAACAGAAUGUUGAUGGUGUUUCAGUUUGAAAUAGUUUUUUUUUAAGUUAUUAGUUAGUUGUUCGUUGAAUGUUGCUAAGGAUACUGUGCAAGUUACUUAGGUUACUCGAUAAACCAAAACAAAGUUAUACACAAUACGCUAUACUAUAAACGCGGUAAAACUAAUUUUUCUAUUGGAGUUUUAGGUAGGAAAGUCUUGUGAAAUGGGAUUUUCCUAAAGUAUAUUUGCAUUUUCAGUGAAUACAAUGUUCAAUAAAGCAUAUGUAUAGCUAGACUACUAGGCGAAUGAAGAAAAAAAAAUAAUUGCGUAAUCCACCGAUUUUGAAUAAAGUUUAUUCGAUAAGACCAAGUCUUCGUGAGCAGUUGAACAAAACUUUUGAAGCAGUUCAAGCCUAGCUUUUAAGCUGAUCUGGUUGUUGCAGAAUGGCAAUUUUUACUGCUAACAAAAAAAAGUUGAUUGUUAAAAAAAUGUGAAAAAUUACUUUUGUAAAAACUUAACAUUUUUCGUUUUUGAUUUUUUUCCUUUUUUUGAUUUGAUUUUAUUUUGUUUGUGUUCUUCGAGACGGAUUUCUUGUGAUAAAAAUUAUUUUAUUAAUUUCGAUUACAAUUUGGAUUUUUUGGAAUUCGUUUAAAUUGGUCGAAUAAUUUUAUACACGACAACGUUUGGAUUAUAACGAUGGCGCCACAAAAUUCAACUUUAUUACAUGAAAACUUUGAAUCAUCGUCAGAGUUGGGUCGAUUUAGUCCAAUUUUUCCUUUGAAUGAUAAGAGGAGGUGUGACGAAGGAUUGCGUCAAAGAAAAUCGAUUUCCAGCAAAGAGCUUCGUAUCGAGGAAGACAAUGAAAUUCCAAUCUGGAUAUGUGGUGAACCAAGAUUCAUAUCAGGCAUAAUGAGCAAUACAACUUGCUAUGAAUUAAUUCAAGCGUUGAUCGAUGAUGAAUUGCACGACAAGAGGAACGAGAAGGGAAAUGUUGAUGUUGCGGUGUCGCGUGAUUUGAAUGACUACGUGAUUACAGAAUGUUGGCGUGAUGUCGAGCAAGCAUUACCUGGAGAGACAUAUAUUUUACCCAUUUGGCAAGCAUGGAGUACGGCUAGAAAUGAGAUUAAAUUCAAACUUAAGAUCAAUAAAAACAAGGUUGGGCACGACAACGAAUACAAAAAGUCUGUAGCGGAUCCUAAAGCGAAAAAAAGGAAGUUCGUAACUCUGAAAAAGCUUAUCAAACGACUAAUUCAUCAAUCGGAAACUAUUCACGAUCACUUAUCGGUGAUUAGCGACAAUCAUCUAGAGAAGGCAGGGACGGCGAAGCCAGACAAGAAAUUAUAUGAUCCUAACGUAAUGGCUAAUUUUCUCCGAGAUACCGAUGCAACGCACAAAGAAAACAUUUACGUUAACCCAUACACCAGCGUUCCCAAUCCAAUCGACAUUGACCAAUGUGACGAGCUGUUUCUGUUAAUUGACAACAAUGAUGACGAUCGCGACAGCGGUGUUCAUGUUGAAUAUGGACAAUAUAUUCUCAACCAAAAGUGCAACGCAUCAAUGAAAGCUAAAUUAUGCCAAAAAGAUCAGUCAAAUCAAGACUCUGAUUAUCAGGAAACGCCAAAACGAAAACUUUACUCAAAGAAGCAGAAGAACAAAUUGCGAGAAAAUAAUUUGAACAGUAGACUAUCCAAACACAAUCUUCCUCCGGCGGGUUUUUUUUCGGAAAUUGAGAAAACAUCUAGCCGAUACGAGAUUAUACGGCUCGAAAUUCUGUUCCGCAUUUCUGAUAUGAAGAAAUUGUUGAAAACUGAAAGUGAUCUGACUAAAAUUCUAGCGAAACGAUGUGCUCAAUAUCGAUCGCAAAAUGAAAUGUACACGGCGAAGAUUGGUUUAGAAAUGCAGAUUGAACGAAUUCAAGCUAAUUUAAGUUUUUUUGCCAAAGAAAUCAUUCGGAAUGAAAUGCAAUUGUUUGAGGUUAAAAUGGAAAUCAAGCAGAAACAAGGAAUUAUUAGAAAUUUAUAUCGAAUGCUUAAAGAGGAAGAGUCGAUUUGUGGACUGGUGGGUGACGGAUUGUCAAUUGAUGAUCUCUUUUUGAUGGAAGAUAGUAGCCAAGAUGUUUGCGAAAGGGUGAAAAAUUGCUUAUCACAAGAAAAUGAUAUAUGCUUCGUUGACAAUAUUUAUGAAUUUUGUGAUAAUAAUAGCAGUAUGGUUGUUUAAUGUUUUUAAUAGGAUGUUAAGAUGUUAAGGUUAAGUUAAGUUUUCUACUAAAACUAUAUUUUUUACGAAAUAUUUAAAACUGAAAUUUAAUAAAAAAAAAUCUUUUCGAUUGUCUUUACUUGUUAAU